AACGUCAUUGUAUCACUCAAAAUCAAAACAAUUGCAAAUAAAAUAAAAUUUCAUCAUACCAUCAGUGGUCACUUGUGACGGUCACAAAAAGACUCUUAAAAUGAUGUAUUCGAUUCCAAAACCAAGAAUAGAUCAAAGUACUCUCAAAUGUAAGCAACAAAACUGCGAAUUUUAUGGAAAUGCACAAUGGGAGUAUUAUUGCAGCAAAUGUUAUCGUGACAAAUUGUUAAGAGAACGAUUAGCUCAAGAAAGUCGUGCGAAAAUUGUUCAUGGACCAAAAAAACACCAGACGUCAUCAAAACACUCUGGAGAACAUCAUUCCAAGGCUCCUAGUGGAACGACACCAAAUGAGGAUAAAAAAUUUAAAAAGAGAAAUAUUCUUGAAGUUUUUAAAAAGACAACAAAUCUUACAUCGAUAGAAAAUUUAAAAGAUUCAAUGAAACAGCAUCGAAAUGAAAGUCGUGUCGUGGAACAUGUUUCAAUGGCUCAUAUCGAAAUGUUGAAGUCUCUUAAAAUAUCUGAUCAAGCAAAACGAGAUUUCAAAAUAAUGAUAAAAACUCUCGAUAAAUCCAUUAAUCGUUCUUAUGCCAAUGGUUCUCCAAUUGAUCGGAUAUCUGAACUUAUUCAAAAUGGUUACACAAGAUUUGCAGACUUUACGGAAACAAAAGAACUUUCAUUCUCCGAUACCCCACCGGAAGUGAAAUUACAAACUCUUGAUUUCUUCGAGAAAUGUAUCAUGACUCAUCACUACAAACAUUUAUUUUCUCCUCAAACGACUGAUGAUGAAGAGAAAGAUCAAAUCAUUCAGAAACGAAUGAAACAAUUGAACUGGAUAAAUGCCAAACAUCUUGUAUGUAGUAUCGAUGAAAGGAAUGAAGAAGUUAGAGAUUUAGUUUAUUCAGCAAUAACAGAACUUGCUGCGAUGGAUUCGUUUGCAACGCCACAAGAGAAACUUGAGUGUAUCGUGAGUUCAUGUCGUAUAAUCUUUACACUUUUAAAGAAAACAUGUGAUGGUCCAGCAAGUGCUGAUGAAUUCCUACCAGCUUUGAUUUUUGUCGUUCUAAAAGCUAAUCCUGUUCGUCUUCAUAGCAAUAUUAAUUAUAUUAAUCGCUUCAGUAAUGCUAAUCGGAUCAUGAGUGGAGAAACUGGAUAUUAUUUUACGAAUUUAUGUUGCGCGAUAAGCUUCAUCGAGAACUUGACAUAUGAGUCAGUGCAAUUAACCAAAGAAGAGUUUGAUGAGUUGAUGUCAGGUGAAAAUCAAAUUCAUUCAGCAUGGGAAAGUGCUUUACUUGCUUGUGAAAGUAUGAACUUAAUUUCAUCUAAUAUGAAGAUAAUGAAAGACUUGAGGGAGAGAAAUCAAAGAGUCGAAGAUGAUAUUUCGUUGCUCGGAGCUGAAAUGAGAGAAUUCAAAGAUGAAAUAUUCAAAAAAAUUGCUUCAACUAUUGAAUCAGCUCCACUUAUAAAGAAACCAAUUAAAACUCCAACGAUAGUCAGCACACGUUUGUCAGGAGCAUCAAAUUAUCACAUUAGACGAUGUUCAACUCCAUCGGAAUCAUCAGCAAAUCGUCAUUCGCAAAAUCUUUCAACACAACAAAAAAUUGUAGAAGAAAAUAAAAAAGAUUUAUUAGCGUUGGAUGAGUCGAAUUUUGAAACCUUAGUUAAAAAUAUUUCUGAAAAAAUGGAAAUGAAACCAAGUGGAACGCUCAGUACAAGUAAUUCUACUGAUUUCUUGUCGAUAUCACCGAUUUUUGGGCAACCUUACGAAGCACUUUCAUUUGAAGAAUCACUUGUGUCAACAGCUGAAGAAGAUUUAAUACGAGGCAUUCGUAACAUUAAUUAUGAUAUUGAUUUUAGCGAUAGUCCCGAGAAUUCUUUAGCAGAAGAAAUUGCUGAGAUUAGAAAAUAUUCGAGUAUAGCAAAAGAAGUGACGAAAGAAGGUGAAAAUUCUUCUAUGACAAUGAGUAAAAGUUAUUUAGAAGAGUUUGAUCCAUUGAUGGCUAAAGAUAAUCAACCAGAAAGUAACACUUCAAAAAGUUUGAUUGACGAAUCACCAAAUGAUUAUCUGAUGCCCGAUCCCUUGCUUCCAAUCAAAAGUGAUUAUCGAUUGUCAUCGCAAACAAGUAAAAUCCAAUCAAUUUCUUGUGAAACAGGAAAAAAUCCAAGUCAUGACUAAAAAGUUUCAACAGAAUUCUAUUUUGGAUAAUCUUACUUACAACAUCUGAAUAAAAAAUGUAUAAAAAUUAUUCAUGAAAUCGCAGUCUUUUUUUCCUUUACUCUCAUGCUAAAUACUAUUUAGUAAAUAGAACUUUAAGCAUUUUUGUUUUGUCGCGUCACUUUUCGUUGUUGCUUUUGUUUUUUUAAUUUCCUUUCUGCAUAAAU